UAUUUUAAGUUUCGAAUUCGUGAGCUGUAUUAUAUUGGUUUGGUGUGAUCUGGGUUUUUGGUAUUUGUUAUCGAGGAGCUAUCAUCAAGUAUCGGGAGACUUUCACUUUUCGUCAAUUUGAAGACUUUUUAUAAUUUUUCUUUCUGGGUUUACGUAAUUUUGAAGGCUCUUUCUUUAUUUCAUUUUUUUAAUUUAUUAUUUAUUUUGCUAAUUCAUUAUUUGGAGAAAGAAGUUUCGAUUUUUGGACUGUUUAUUGGACUAUAAAUAGCAGGGUCUCAUCCCUCAGUCUUGUGAAUCACAAGGGAGCAAAUCACGGUUUUGGGUUAUUCUCCUAUAUAGUUCAUCCUCAUUAGGUUCUUGAGAUCUGAGAGAUGGCCAACAAUUCUUCAAAUGGGGAGCAUCAAAUAACAACAACAAAGACACCUCCAAUGCCAUCUCCUUUGAGAAAUUCCAAGUUUUUUCAGUCCAAUAUGAGAAUUUUGGUUACUGGAGGAGCUGGAUUCAUUGGAUCGCAUCUGGUUGAUAAACUUAUGGAAAAUGAGAAAAAUGAAGUAAUAGUUGUGGAUAACUACUUUACUGGAUCAAAGGACAAUCUUAAACAGUGGAUUGGCCACCCAAGAUUUGAGCUCAUUCGCCAUGAUGUCACGGAGCCAUUGUUGAUUGAGGUUGAUCAGAUUUACCAUCUAGCAUGCCCUGCUUCCCCCAUUUUCUAUAAAUAUAAUCCUGUAAAGACAAUAAAAACAAAUGUGAUUGGCACACUAAAUAUGUUGGGUCUUGCCAAGCGAGUUGGGGCUAGGUCAGGCGAUUCGAUUACAUGUUUAUCAUUUGUUUUUUUCACCAUCAACUGCUGGAUUUACUCAUUCAUAUUGUUGUCAAGCAGAAUUUUGCUUACAUCAACUUCAGAGGUAUAUGGUGAUCCUCUUAUUCACCCUCAACCAGAGACCUACUGGGGCAAUGUUAACCCUAUUGGGGUUAGGAGCUGUUAUGAUGAAGGAAAGCGUGUGGCUGAGACUUUGAUGUUUGAUUAUCACAGGCAACAUGGCAUAGAAAUUCGCAUCGCUAGAAUUUUUAACACAUAUGGACCACGCAUGAAUAUUGACGAUGGGCGUGUUGUCAGCAAUUUUAUUGCUCAAGCACUUCGUGGUGAAUCAUUGACAGUCCAAAAACCUGGAACUCAAACUCGCAGUUUCUGUUAUGUCUCUGACAUGGUUGAUGGCCUUAUUCGACUUAUGCAAGGACAGAACACUGGUCCAAUCAACAUUGGAAAUCCAGGGGAAUUUACCAUGAUUGAACUUGCCGACACUGUAAAGGAGCUUAUUAGUCCUGAUGUAGAGAUAAAGAUGGUGGAGAAUACUCCUGAUGAUCCGCGACAAAGAAAACCUGACAUCACAAAAGCAAAAGAAUUACUGGGUUGGGAACCAAAAGUUAAGUUGCGGGAUGGUCUUCCGCUAAUGGAGGAGGACUUUCGCAAGAGGCUAGGAGUCCCCAAAAAGAACUGAUAAACAAUCAGCAGAGUUGAAGAUGAGCUGUGUUUUGUUGCAUGUCAUUAGAGUUUCUUCUCCAUAAUUUUACCCUUUGCCUAUGCCCUCAUUUCAUUGUGAUAUCAUAGGAAAUAAGUGGUGAAGAAUAUCACCUUUUUUCCUCUUCCUACAAUUAUCAAUACUGAGAGAGGCUUGGGAAGUUAUACAGGCAUUUAUCAAUUUAUAGUUAUACAAGCUUGUUUUUCACUUGAAUUGCUACAUAUUUUUGCCCUGAAUUUUGUUGCGACAAUGAUCAAUAAAUAGAUAUUUUUGUGAAAUUUUUUUA